AUGGAAAACAGCGCGGAGCACUGUGAUCAGAGAGAAAUUAAAAUACAUAUUGAUGACGCAAGUUCAAACGGUGAUGGUUACACAGUUCGUGAAGCUAGUGAGGUGAUGCUGUUGGCAGCAGAUAGUUCAAAAAUAGGAAAAUAUGCCCAGAUGUUAUGGUACUUAAAUCACAUUAAUAGUACCAUAGCACUAGAAACGUCCAGGAAAAAUAAUGGAGAACUAAGCGUUAUAAAUAUCACUGCUCGAGAUGGUGGCUGCGUUAAUGAAGAAGAACCAGUGUUGGUCACUACUGAGACUUUGAUAUCUUAUGUCGUUGAAAGUUAUCGGUUCAUAUUCGUUAUUGAUAUCAGUCCAUCUACUUUUGUGGUGGAUGGAACUGCAGGCUGUGUACCACAUUCAAAAAUUAUGUGUCGAUUACGACAGUGCUUACAAGGACUUGUUAUGGAUGGAAAUUUUUUGCAAAAAAUCAAAUUAUCACCCAAAUUAUUUAUUUCUAUUUGUUUCUAUAGCCCAUUUAUUGCUUUUGACGAAGAUAGAGUUAUUCUACAAGGCUGUUUGCUUACCAAGAAAAAUAUUAAUUCUGUCUUAAAUUAUGUUCAAGAACGGCUAUCAGUGUUUUCUAGUAGACUUUGUUAUAUAGUGCAACGUCAUCUGAAACGAUGGAAUCAAAAUAGGAUGAAAGUGCGGAAGGAAUCUUCAGAUUCCAUACCUGAAAAUUUUUUAUGUGAUUCCCAAACAGCGAAUGACACAAGGAAGUAUGAUUUUGCACCAUUAAAGAUGAAUUUUGAGGCAGAUUUUGCCGAUGAAGGUUUUAUGAACUCAGAGUGGUCACUAAUCUUUAUGUUGCGAAUUGGUUUUAUUGGUCUUCAAUUACUACCAGAUACUGCGCAGCCUAACAUUGUUGUUAUCACAGAUGCUGUGUGUCAUAUCACAGACAUACACGUGUUGCAGAAGUUAAUGGUUCAAUUAUGGGAUUAUUCUGUCGCUUGUUCUUUUGUACAAAUUCAAGAUGAUUGCAACACAGACGCUGUAUUUGGCCAUUUUUCAUCGCCAGGAUUUCUUGUUUUCCUCGCGAAAGCAACAUCAGGUGUUUAUAUACCGGAUAAAGUUGAUGCUGCUAUUUUAGUAAGUCUGAAUAUUAAAAUAUUCGUCAAAAGCUUGCUUUAUUUUUUGUGUAUCAGGAUAUUGUCCAUGCAAGGAAAUUCCCUUCUUUAUUUUCAGGACGUUAUAGACAGCCGGUUAUUUUUGUGCAAACAUCUUCAAUUGCCCGAUACAUCCGACAAUCACGUGAAAAAUUUGAUUCGACAGAUUAAUCCUGAAUUUCUGGAGCCAUACACUACAGGUGUCGUUCGACGUAUGCAUUGCAGUAUGGAAUAUGAAUCAUCUUUGGCAGACCUCUUGCGAUUACGGUUUUACGAUGGUUUUGUAUUAAGAAAUUUGAAAAUUUUCAAGAAAGAGAAAGACCACUCGUCGCUUUUGCUAGAAUUGUGUUUACCUUGGAAACCACAAGUAACAGUCGGUUACAAAAUUUCUGCACCUUUCGACAGUUACAUGAAAAGAACGAGGAUAAAAAUAACUGUAAUUUGUGAAGCUCAGUAUGGUGUAAUGCGAGAUCUAUUAUCUGAUCGCUCUUUUGUCAGUUCUACUAAACAAGCUUAUUCCGAUGCUUAUCGACAUACAAUUCUUGGAUUACUGGAAACAGAUCGUAUGUUUAUUCAUUUGCAUUCAUUCACUUCUAUGCCAGAUCUUUAUCAUGUUCCACUUGAACUUCCUAAAGGGAAGUCAUUGUUUCGAUAUGUUAUGAAAGAAGACAAAGCUGUGCUUACAAUCAGUACUGGAGAAUUGGAGAACUUAUGUUUGUGCAAUUCGGCUGCUGCAAAGUUUGUCGAGUAUUGGCGAAUUAUAUGUGAAUUUGAAAAUAGACUGUGGCAGAAAUGGUCACAGUUAUACACUUUUCGUAUAAUUCUUACUCACGAUCACCCAUUACCACAAGGAUUAUUUUUAAGAGAAAAUUCAAAUGCUAAAGUCACAUCGCAGAUUGCAUUAAGUGCAUUCUACAACAUGCUUUCAAAAAUGGCAACAUUCACGUUAGUUCAUGGGCAAGCAUAUGUGAACUUCAUUGAAAGGUUGAAUUUACAAUCCUUGCUGCAAGUAAAUUUAAGUUUCUCUGAUGAUCAGAAUUCUUUGAAGUCAUUUUAUAUUAUCAAGACGACCGUUGAAACUCAGCUUGUUGUUAUUAAGCUUUUAUUUCUCGAUGGACUACCGUUGUCAGUUAAAAAAAAAGUGAUUGAGGAACUGCAAAAUAAUAUUAUGUCUUUGUCUGUUGAACGAAGUUUGUUUUAUACUAGAACGCUCGAAUUUGCUGGUGUGGAUGAUGUUUGCACUACAGUUUCUGAAACAACGCCUUUACCUGCACUAACAAUUAUCAAUCGUCCAUUAGAAAUUGUGCUUGCGCGAUAUAAGCAAAUACCGCUUGUAUUAAAUCGUAUUAUAUGCUUAAAAAUCGAUGAACAAAGCCGAGAUUUAGUGUUGCAUAAUUCACUAGCUAAAUAUUUUUCAUGCAGGCGUUUCAUCUGGUAUCUCAGGAAAGCAUUCCCAUUAUCGUCACCCGUCAGUUGCAUUUCUGCUGAUUUUAUUCUUCACACUAUUUUACAGAGGCGCCUUAACGAAGGAUUUCAUAUUGCUUAUUUUAAUGAUGGAAUUAUUAAUUUGAUAAAGCAUGUUGGUGACACAGGAGAGCAACUGCACAGUAGCCAGGCUAUACUUCAAUAUGUAAUCUUCCCACUGUCAGUCAUUCGUCCGUUGCGUGUAACAAAGGAAGAGCUAGACAGAAUACCAUCUUUAUCGAAAAUUUUUGAAAUGCGAAGUAUGCAAACUAAUAAAGCUGUACUGGAUGAUAGUUUCACUCUGAAAAAUGAUGUCGGAUUACAGUUAAUGACAGAAAUGUGGUCUGAACCCCUUGCAGUUAGCAAUCCUCCAUCCAACGCUUUGGCUCUUGAAGAGCAGGUAUUUAAUGUACUGAUAUUCUAAGU